AUGCACAACUUCUUCGAGCUAAACAUCACGAACCUCGCCCGCGGAGGGCGCAGCACCCGCUCCUUCAUCAAUGAAGGACUCUGGGCGUCGCUACUUGAGCGCAUCGUCCCAGGCGAAGGCACCUUUGUGCUCAUCGAGAUGGGCCACAACGAUAACGGUGAUCCAAUUACCGAUGUGAAGAAUCGAGCUACGCUUCCUGGUAUCGGGCCCGAGAGUGUCGUCGUGGCUAGUAAUGCUACCGGAGGCACGACGGAGACAGUAUACACGUUUGGACAUUACCUCCGGAGAAUGAUCCGGGAUGUAAGGCAGGCUGGUGGCGUUCCAUUGGUGAGUGGGAUGGUACCCGUUAUGUCGUGGACGGGGGAUGUCCUUCGGCGGGAUUGGGCUUUUGCGGAUUAUGCGCGUGAGGUGGCCGAGGAAGAAGGGGUGGAAUAUAUCGAUCACACAAAAUAUGCCGUCAAUCGCUGGCAGUCUUUUGGGUCGGUCAAUGCUACCAUGCCGUAUUACCCGUUGAAUGACUAUACGCAUACAAGCUGGCCGGGAGCUGAGAUCAACGCGGAAGCUCUGGUGACAGCUAUCAAGUGUGGCCAUCAUUACUGGUGGAAGUCGCAAUUGGCCUGGUAUCUGAAUCGCAAUGCAAGCAAAAUUGACUAUCCUUGCUAG